ACAGUAGCAAUUUGUUUGAGAGUUCCAUGAAGAAGCUCCACCACCACCUCCCCGUGAAGCAAACUCACAGUUUCAUCUCCACCGACUCUGAAAUCCUCCACCACCUAAAAACCGGUUCCCUCUCACACGCAAUCCAUCUCCUCAACACAUCACAACCAACCCUCUCACUCAAACCAGUCAUCUACGCUUCCCUCCUUCAAACCUCCGUCAAAACCAACUCAUUCCACCACGGCGCCUCCGUCCACGCUCACGUCCUCAAAUCCGGUCUCCACUCCGACCGCUUCGUCGGCAACAGCCUCCUUACUCUUUACUUUAAAUUAAACCCCGGCCCCCAUUUAUCUCACGCCCGUCAUCUCUUCGACUCACUUCACGUCAAAGAUGUCAUCUCAUGGACUUCACUUAUCUCCGGUUACACUCGCUCCGACCUGCCACAUCAAUCGAUAUCUUUAUUCUACGAAAUGUUGGCAUUUCCUGUUCAACCCAAUGCUUUUACUCUAUCUUCUGUUAUCAAAGCUUGUUCUGCGUUAAAUGACGUAAACCUUGGGAGAUGCUUUCAUUCUAUGGUUUUAACACGUGGGUUUGAUUGGAAUACUGUUGUUUCGUGUUCGUUGAUUGAUAUGUAUGGUUGGAAUCGCGCUGUUGAUGAUGCACGGAGGGUGUUUGAUGAAUUGUUUGUGAAAGAUGAUGUGUUUUGUUGGACUUCAAUUAUAUCGUGUUUUACAAGGAAUGAUAUGUUUAAGGAGUCGUUGAAGUUUUUUUAUGUUAUGAAUAGGGUUCGUGGGGUGGUUCCGGAUGGUUAUACGUUUGGGACGAUUUUGACGGCUUGUGCUAAUUUAGGGUUGUUGAGGCAAGGUAAGGAGGUUCAUGGGAAGGUUGUUGGUUUAGGUUUUGGGGGGAAUGUUGUUGUGGAGAGUAGUUUGUUGGAUAUGUAUGGGAAAUGUGGGUGUGUUAGACAUUCUAGGAUUGUGUUUGAGAGGUUGAGUGAUGAGAAGAAUAAUGUUUCUUGGACUGCAAUGCUUGGUGUGUAUUGUCAGAAUAAGGAGUAUCAGAAUGUGCUUGAUCUUGUUAGGGAGAGGGGGGAUUUGAAUUUUUACGCGUUUGGGAUUGUUCUUCGCGCGUGUUCGGGGUUGGCUGCGGUGAAUCAUGGGAAGGAGGUUCAUUGUAUGUAUGUGAGGAAAGGUGGAUCGAAAGACGUUAUCAUUGAGUCUGCAUUGGUUGAUUUGUAUGCUAAAUGUGGUAUGGUUGAUUUUGCAUGUACAAUGUUUGCAAGUAUGGAGGUUAGGAAUUUGAUCACUUGGAACUCGAUGGUCAGUGGGUUUGCGCAGAAUGGAAGAGGGGUUGAGGCAUUAGCGUUGUUUGAAGAUAUGAUUAAGGAAGGGAUUAAACCUGAUUCCAUCACUUUUGUUGCGGUUCUUUUUGCUUGUAGUCAUGCGGGUUUGGUUGAUGAAGGAAGAAAGGUUUUUACUUUGAUGGGAGAAUAUGGGAUUAAGCCUGUCGUGGAACAUUAUAAUUGCAUGAUUGAUUUGUUGGGGCGUGCCGGGUUUAUAGACGAGGCCGAGUGUUUGUUGGAGAAUGCAGAUUGCAGAUACGAUAAAUCACUUUGGGCAGCUCUUCUUGGAGCUUGUACUAAGUGUUCCGAUUAUAGAACUGCCGAACGCGUCGCAAGGAAGAUGAUUGAAUUGGAGCCUGACUUCCAUUUGAGUUAUGUUCUGCUUAAUAACAUCUACAGAGAAGUUGGCCGGUGGGAUGAUGCUCUGGAGAUCAGGAAGUUGAUGGAAGAUAGAGGGGUUAAGAAGAUGGCUGGUAAGAGCUGGAUUGAUAGUCAAAACCGGAAGGGUUCUCAUGUAAACGUUUGUAUGGAAUAAAGUGUUUCUAGCAUGUGGGAACCUAUUUGAUGACCAAUAUUUAAACCGUGGUCAUAGUUGCAAUUAGAUUAUGACUUUUGAAAUUUCAGAUAAAUGCAACAAAUGUGGCUGCAGUUGCUAUCAAUGCAGCUGCAAAUUCAGUAUUCUAGUAUAGCAUGGGGGGAAGCAGUGUCGUGAUUGAUAGAAAUUGACAGGUUAUUGGAAGUUAUGGCUUAUGACAUAAUAUUUUCCCUUUUGGCAAUGUUGAGCUAGCACUUUAACUAGUAGAAGCAUCAGCUUCAUGUAGAUUACUCAAAGAUUCUAUUGUGCUGUGAAUAAAGAAAACUUUUUACUCUCAUUCGAAACUGACUGCAAUUGAAGCUUGAAGUGAGCAUCUAAUAAUUUUUUGCUGCCUGGUUGGAGAGAUCACCGUGAUAAGGCCUGCAGAGUUCAUUGGCUGCCGUAAUCAGAUGAAAUAACUGAGGAGAAUGACUUCCCUUGCUAGUUCUUCACAAAGUAGGUUACUUAGGUGCAAACUAUUCUUUCUUUACAAAUUCUAGCAAACCGAGUUUUAUUCUUGUUUGUAUCUGUGGGUUGAGUUAGGACUGCUUGAUGAUGCAAAGAGCCUCUUAGCAGUCCCUCAGUCGCGGUGGACAAGGAAAGGGAAGGAGUACAUGAGAAGAUACACGCUCAAAAUUGGUAAGCAUAUAAAAGGGAAGGAAGGAUUAGAAUGGCUGCUUCUGGAAAUGGGGUUCUUGGUGGUAAUUAAUGGUCAUGGAUGCAAUUGAGUUGCAGAGAAAGGAAGCACAAAAGGGUUAGGAUUUUUUAUGUUCUCUAGCAGAUCCUUUUAAGUCAACAUGGCGUCUCUCAAUCUGAGGUUGGAAAGGCUUUCAGACAGCUUGCUCUGCAUAUUUGUUCUUCAUCCCAAAAUUUAGUUUUCUUUUAAUACUAAUUACUGAUUUUGUCUCGAGAAUUAUGAGAAAUUUCUCUUUACCCUUCCCUAAUACAGAUGCUUAUUUGCGUGUUCGAAUUUUGAAUGCCUGA